CGAGCGCGCCGGCAGGGGUCGAGCGCGCGUCCCCUCCCCGCCCCCACCGCGUGCUGUGGCGCAGCAGGAAUUUGGCGGGGCCCCGGGCGCUAUAUGCGGCUCCUGACGCGCCGGCGGCCCUUUGGUCAUUGCUAUUCUCGGGGCACUGGGUCACCGCGCUCGGCCGGCCCCCUCUCCCGGGCCCGGAGGGUGUGUCCCCUCACCGGGGCUCGGCGCGCCUAUAAGGGGCCGAGCGGCGGGCAGGGACAUGCAGCUCUACAGUAGCGUCUGCACCCACUACCCAGCCGGGGGCCCUGGUCCCACGGCCGCAGCCCCCGCUCCGCCCGCCGCAGCCGCCGCCGCCCAGUUCAAGGUAUCGCUGCAGCCCCCGGGACCCGCCGGCGGCGCGCCGGAGCCCGAUACCGGUGAGUGCCAGCCGGCCGCGGCCGCCGAGCCCCGCGAAGCCGCCGCCGCCGCCCCCGCCGCCAAGAUGCCCGCCUUCUCCUCCUGCUUCGAGAUGGUGUCUGGGGCCGCCGCCCCCGCCUCGGCCGCCGCCGCCGGGCCGCCCGGCGGGUCCUGCAAGCCGCCGCUGCCGCCGCACUACACGUCCACGGCUCAGAUCACCGUGCGGGCCCUGGGCGCCGACCGGCUCCUGCUGCGCGGCCCGGAGCCCGGCGCCGCGGCGCCCGCCGCCCCGCGCGGCCGCUGCCUCCUGCUGGCUCCGCCAUCCGGCGCCCCGGUCCCCCCGCGGCGGGGCUCCUCGGCCUGGCUCUUGGAGGAGCUGCUGAGGCCCGACGGCCCCGAGCCCGCCGGCGUGGACGCGGCCCGCGAGGGGCCCGAAAGAAACUUCCGACUGAGCGAGCACCGCCAGGCCCUGGCCGCCGCCAAGCACCGCGGCCCCGCGCCGCCCCCGGAGAGCCCGGAAGCCGGCCCCGGCCCGUGGGCCGAGGAGCGCCCUGCGGAGAGGAGCCUCCGGGGCUGGGACAGGGCCGGCGACCGCGUCCACCCUCCUCCCAGCGCCGACGAGGCGCGGCGGCCCGACCCGGAGGCCGAGGCGCCUCCGGCGCGAAGCGGCGAGGCGGUCCCGGGUGGCGCGGCCGAGGCGGCGAUCGUCUCCAGGUCGGAUCCCAAGGAUGAGAAGCUGGCCCUGUACCUGGCCGAGGUGGAGAGACAGGACAAGUACCUGCGGCAGAGGAGCAAGUACCGAUUUCACAUCAUUCCCGACGGCAACUGCCUCUACCGAGCGGUCAGCAAGGCGGUGUACGGGGACCAGAGCCUGCACCGGGAGCUGCGGGAGCAGACGGUGCACUACAUCGCCGACCACCUCGACCACUUUAGCCCCCUGAUUGAGGGCGACGUCGGGGAGUUUAUCAUCGCCGCUGCUCAGGACGGGGCGUGGGCCGGGUACCCUGAACUUCUAGCCAUGGGGCAGAUGCUGAACGUGAAUAUACAUCUAACUACUGGCGGGAGGCUGGAGAGCCCCACGGUGUCUACCAUGAUUCACUAUUUGGGCCCAGAGGAUUCCCUAAGGCCUAGCAUUUGGCUCAGUUGGCUCAGUAACGGACAUUACGACGCGGUGUUUGAUCACUCCUAUCCGAAUCCGGAGUAUGACACUUGGUGCAGGCAGACUCAAGUGCAAAGAAAACGCGACGAAGAACUCGCCAAGUCCAUGGCCAUAUCCCUAUCCAAAAUGUAUAUUGAACAAAACGCAUGCUCUUGAAGUGGCUGAACCCCUCCACCCUGGGAAAAUUGCAGACCUAAUUUGUGUUUGGAGAAUUACAUGAACUCUAAUCAGGGUAAUAGCACUUUUAAACUUUCAAGUAGAUUUACUGUAGGUGUAAUGCCUUAAUUAUUUUUUUGAAUGUUUUCUCCUCAGAGCUGAAGGUUGCUGGGCACCUAAGUGAUGUUUCAUGAUAGCUUUGGGUGAUCCUACUGCUAUUUAUCAUUUGCUGUAUAAAGUUGGCACUACUUAAUUUGCAAGCUGGUUUCUCACAGUGUAAAUUUUGUUCAUUCCUGGUAAUCUAUUUUCUAUAAGAAUGUAUUUUUGCACAACAUUUUUAACAAUUGGUGUAUCUUCAUCUAUGAUGUGUUCCAUUUUGACACACAGCUUUCCGGCAUAAAUCCAGAGAAGUGCUUUAUAUGAAGUUUAUUAUUUUGAACAGAGUUUGUGAUUUAGUAUUUUUUGUUGUUGAAUUUUACAGUUCCUAAGUAAUUAUUUAAAAUGGGUAUUGAUGCAUUCAUAUUACCAGAUGAUUGGCCCAUUCCGUUUUGAUGAAACAGAUUUGUUGUUUGGAAAAUCAUUAUUUUUCUAGAAAUGGUCAACCUUUUAAAGAGAAAAUACUUAAGGGGAGGUUAUGGGAAGAAUUUUUUUUUUCUUUAAAGAAUAGUACCAGCUCUUACUUGAAUGAAAGUCUGAUAUUUGCUGAUGGCAGAGUGAUUAUUCUGUACUCUGGUUGAGGUUUAGAGUAGAUUGUCUGGUGCUCUCAAUUGUUUUUAUUUAUCAUUUUGUUGAAAAAAUAAUUUUAACGUGAUAGAAGACUUUGUGACGAGAUAAGCCUCCUGCUUUAUAUACAGCCUCUUGGAUUCACCCGAGAGAUUGAAAAACUAAUGGCAUAAAUGCCCCCAACCAACCUUGGCAGUUAUUUUCCAGCAGAAGAAUACUGUCUUCAUAGUCUAUUCCUUUUAAAUUCUUUCACAAGGCAAAAUAGGAUUGCCCUGUAUUAUGUACAAAUAAAAAUGUCUGUAUACAAGAGCUUGUAUGGUUUGCUGGGUCAAACAAUGUUUCCAACCUAAAACCUAUCUCAUUUCCACUUUAACUACUUUUAGUCGUAUUUAUUAAGUAAUGCAGUUUGUACUUUUUUAUUUUGUAACAUUUUGUGAUUUUUUUGUACAAUAUCGUAUUUGUACAAUUGAGCAAUUCUCAGCUGAUGGAAUGAAUGAAUAAAAUGUGUAAUUUUA